AUGAUGUCUGAUCCACCUGUGGAUUGUAAACCAGAGGAAAUCCUCUCCUACAUCAUCAAUCGACGUAUCUCCAUAUCACGUGCAAGCAAACAUCUUGGUGGAAUGAAAUUAGAUUACUUCAAAUAUUGUUUGUCAUACAAAAUGGAUUCCUCGUGCAUAACUGGUGCUCAUCUCGUGCAGCUGAAUACGUUUAUGCAAUCGAAAUCGACUAUCGAUUGGCUACGUCAUUUGAAAUCGUUAUAUUUUUGGCCGUGCACUAAACAACUGUUUCUUCGAGAGAUUUACCAGCUAACUGGUAUAUUUACACGUAAGCGUUCGAUGAAUAUCUGUGGAAGCAACAAUAUGGGUUCAAUCCGAAGUUGUGAUCAGCAAUCGCCGGGAAUAUUCUGGCGAGCUUUCGAAGAUAUCCACCGAAUUCAAUUGGACAACGAAUCGAUUAUUGAUGAUAAACAAUGGCAUGAAGAUUUCGAGCAAUACCUAUUCAAUAAAGAUAUCGAUUGCGAAAAAGCUCAAUUAUGGACAAUUGAUACAUUUGAAUUUUCUCUAACCAAAAAAUCGACUAUAUUACAAUUACCAGAGUGGAAUGAAUUACGUCCAAUGAAUCUAACACCUAAAGUAUCUGUUAUUUAUGCUUUUUCCAAUGACGGACAAUCAACUGAUCCAUUCUUCAUCUUUCCAAAUUCACUUCGUGACGAAACUCUCACUGAUGAACGAAAUGCUUACAACGAACUAGGUCAUUUAACACCUCAAAUCUUUCAAAUCUGGAUUGAAAAGUGUUUCCUUAGUCAAUCGCCGAAUACAACGAAAGUUCUCAUAUUUUGUUCACGAUUACCCAUACUUUCGUCAAAAACCUUAGCAUUUCUCGAACAGAAUCAUACCUUUCCAUUCGGAUAUCCAUUUACACGUACAUUACCAUUUCGUUAUCUGUUUGAACGUCGUGUACGUAACAAUCGUUCGACUAAUUUAAUCAGUGAACUAUGGAAAAAGAAAUUAUUAGAUGAACAACGUACACAUGUAUUAAAAGGUUCAAAUUGUACAGUUAAGAAUAUCAAAGAUAUUUUCGAACAGAUUUGGCCUGUAUUAAUCAAUGAAAAGCGUGAUGAUGACGAUGAAAAUAAAACAUUCCAAGAGAAAUGUUUACAAGCAUUCCAACAGGCAAACAUUCAAUUGGUUAUCAAUCGCAAAGAUCAAUUGAUGACGAAGAGACUCGAAGUGAAUAAGAAGAAAAUUUACGAAUGGAACAUGAAAUCGGACGAAUAUGUUCAACAAUUGAAUGAUUUACUGAAUGAAAUUAAUCGGAUGAAAGAACAUGUCAAUUCAACCCAAAUUCUCAAAAUUAAAAAUAAUGAUGCAUCGAUGGUGGAUGAAAUGACUGAAACCAACGAAUUAACGUCCACUGAACAAAUGCAAGUUGCGGAUGAUGCUGAAACUUCAAAUACGGAUGCAACUGUACAGCUAGCAACUGAUAAACGACCAAGUGAUGAAAAUGACGAGCCGCAUGCAUCGAAACGCCUUCGCUCAUCGUGUUUACAUCCAAAUACUCUAUCACCCACAACGAUACAUUCUACUCAAUGGACUCCACCAUCCAAACAAUCCUUACUACUGAUGCAAUCUCAAUCCUUAUCAUUAUUUCAAUUUGCUCUCUCACUCGUACAAACAAUCGUAACUUCAUCCGAACAUUACCUUACAGAUGAACAUCAUCAAUGGCUCCUCGCGACAAUUAAACAAUAUGAUAGUAGCUGCAAUAAUGAUAGAUUGGAAUUUAUCAUUCAAAUAGCUUAUUUAGUCUUCUUGCGAAUUUUUAGUCUUUUUUAA